GGGUUGAAAAUUUCACAGUAUUAUAACAUCAACCGUUCAAAUUAAAUCUCCUCCCCUUCCAAAAAUUUUGUUUAAAUUCUAAAAGGAUCUAAAAAUCAAAGUCCAAAUUAGAAAUUACUCUUAAUAUUUCGCGGAUAGGACAGACGGUUGCACAGGUUCGACAGGGCGAACACAAUUGAGAUCGAGCCAGUGCAGUCGAGGACCCGCGAACAUAUAUAGAAGAUAACGAAAUCGGUGGAGAAAUUGCGAAGCUCGGCGAAUCGACGCGACGGGCGGCGUUAAUUAAAAACGGAGUUCCACGAUCAUUUGUUUUUUGCUUCUUUUAUUCCCUAAAAUAUCAUAUACUAUUGUGGUAACUUUCGCACUUUCAUACGAUCUGAGAAAUUCGAGCAUUGAUUCUGAUUUUUGAUUUGAGCACUCAAUCGUAAUACGUUAAAAUUGUAAAGCGUAACGGAAAUUGAUAUCUGGACGAGCAACUGGUACCUGGAAAAGCACAUGCAAGAUGAAUAAGUUUGUUUCACACAACUUGGCCCGAGACUCCUAUCGGACUUUCAGUCCAGAAAUGUACGCUACAUUGUCCAGCCCUAUGGCACAACAUGCAGCUGAAAUGGCGGAGGGUAAUGGCGAACUGUUAGAUGACAUUAAUCAGAAAGCCGAUGACCGUGGCGAUGGCGAACGUACGGAGGACUAUCCCAAGCUGCUGGAAUACGGUCUGGACAAGAAAGUUGCCGGCAAACUGGAUGAAAUCUACAAGACCGGAAAGCUGGCUCACGCCGAGCUGGACGAGCGCGCCUUGGACGCGCUCAAGGAGUUCCCCGUCGAUGGUGCCUUGAAUGUGUUGGGUCAGUUCCUCGAAUCGAACCUGGAGCACGUGUCAAACAAGUCUGCCUACUUGUGCGGCGUAAUGAAGACGUACCGCCAGAAGAGUCGAGCCAGCCAGCAGGGUGUACCAACGCCCGCUGCAGCUGUUCAGGUUAAGGGACCCGACGAAGACAAGAUCAAGAAGAUCCUCGAGCGAACCGGCUACACAUUAGAUGUGACGACAGGCCAGCGUAAAUACGGCGGACCGCCACCGGACUGGGAGGGCAAUGUGCCGGGCAAUGGGUGCGAAGUGUUCUGCGGCAAGAUACCCAAGGACAUGUACGAGGACGAGCUGAUCCCGCUCUUCGAGAAGUGCGGCACAAUCUGGGACCUCCGCCUCAUGAUGGACCCGAUGACGGGCACAAAUCGUGGUUAUGCAUUUGUCACAUUCACAAAUCGCGAAGCAGCCGUCAAUGCAGUGCGCCAGCUCGAUAAUCACGAAAUAAAACCCGGCAAGUGUCUGAAAAUAAAUAUAAGCGUACCGAAUCUGCGCCUUUUCGUAGGCAAUAUUCCCAAGUCAAAGGGCAAAGAUGAAAUAUUAGAGGAAUUUGGUAAACUUACAGCUGGCCUUUACGAGGUAAUCAUAUACAGUUCGCCAGAUGAUAAGAAAAAGAACCGCGGCUUCUGCUUUCUCGAAUACGAGUCGCACAAGGCGGCAUCUUUGGCCAAACGAAGACUUGGCACUGGUAGAAUUAAGGUUUGGGGAUGUGAUAUAAUAGUCGACUGGGCCGAUCCACAGGAGGAGCCGGAUGAACAAACUAUGUCCAAGGUUAAAGUUCUUUAUGUGCGAAAUCUAACUCAGGACGUCUCCGAGGAUAAGUUGAAGGAGCAAUUUGAGCAAUAUGGAAAGGUGGAACGCGUUAAGAAAAUUAAAGACUAUGCCUUUAUACACUUUGAGGAUCGUGAUAGCGCCGUCGAUGCUAUGCGUGGCCUUAAUGGCAAGGAGAUCGGCGCCUCGAAUAUUGAGGUCUCUCUCGCCAAACCCCCCUCGGACAAGAAGAAAAAGGAGGAGAUUCUGCGGGCCCGUGAGCGCCGUAUGAUGCAAAUGAUGCAAGCGCGUCCCGGGAUCGUGGGAAAUCUGUCGCCGACACAUGCCAGCAUGAUGUCCCUGACGCCCAUGCGCCUGCAAGGGGCGCGCAUGCCGCUGCGUACGCCGAUACCUCGCGACUACGACUAUGAUUACGAUUAUUUUGGUUUCUCGGACUUCCGGCCCGGCACCUAUGCCAAUGAUCCGUACUAUGACGAGCUGUACCGCUCCUACGAUGGGGACUACAGCUUCUAUGAGUACUCAAGCCCCUCGGGACUUGGCGGAGCUGGUAACGGUGGCGGCGGCGGCGUCGGAGGUGGAGGAGGAGGAGUCUCCGGAUCGAUAAUGCCGCUGUCGGGUGGCGCCACCCAGAAUGCAUCGCUGUCCCGGGGUCAGCGAUCGGCCAGGGGCUUAGCAAGUGGUUCCAGUGGCUCGCCGGGCUCCGUUAUGGGAGUUGGUCGUGGGCCUGGAAUCACAGUGCCGCGUGGCAGAGCCGUUGGCCAGCGUGGCAGCAUCAGUCGUCUGGGGGCCCAAACAGUGCCACAGGCGGCGGCAGCGGCGGCGGCGGGACAGGCGGCGGCGGCGGCAGUAGCUCAGCGGGGGGCCACCGGUCAGGGGGCGCCGGCAGCAACCGGGGGGGUCCGUGGGGUGGUGCCAAUGCGUCCCAGCGCUCGUGGCACCCAGCACGUCAAGCCGCUACAAAAUUUACCAGUAGUCGGUAAACGUAAGUUCGAUGGAGGUCACCAAAAUCCGGCAGAUGUUAAGCGACGUUACCCGAGCGGUUUGAUAGGAAAUGGCGGCAGUUGGGGCAGUUUACCGCUACCACAGCAACCUUUAGGCACCAAUGGUGAACAGUGGUACAUGGAUACGUUUUCGGCAUGGAGUUAAAACCACACACAGCAGCAGCAAGAGCAACAGCAACAGCAACAUCAACAACAUCAGCAACAACCACAACCCAAUUGAAAUCAGUUAAAAGAAUCAUUACGAACCACAUCGCAUGGAGGUCGGCAACCACGAGUUGCGGCCACCUUCUCCGAGCCACAUCCUGGAGAAGAUCCAUUCGCAACCACACUAUUACAAGCAAUACAUUUAGUUUCAACAAAAGCAAAAACAUAUAUAUAAAGUGUAAGGAAUACGAUUAGCAGCAAUUCAGAAAGCAUCGUUUAGGGAUUCGUUUCGAACUUCAUUUGCUAUGCGAAAUAUCCAUAAUAGCAGGUCAAUAGGUCGAGUAGAGAGUAUAUGUAUUGUAUAUGUAAUCACGUAAACAAAUAGCCUUUGCAGCAACAGCAUUUUAAACGCAAAUUCUUCAUUUAGAGUCUAGCCGAUUUUGCCCAAACAACAUUUUAAAGAAAGCCUCACAACGUAGAUAAACCAAAGUCAAAUCGUUUUAAAAGUUCACAAAACAAAAAAGUAUAAAGAAAUUUGUCUCAUAGCGUUUUUAACUUGAAAUUGAAACAAUAAUUGAGCAUAUAGCAAACCUAUAUUAAAACUAAAAGCAUACAAAUAUAUUUAUCUAUAACUAUAUAGAGAGAGCAGUCUAAGCCCGUACAGAUUGAUUUUAAAUCUUAAGCAGCAUGUAGCACCUUUUAUACAUUGAAAAGAAAACAAAAACGAAAAACACGAAACAAUUCAGAUUCGAUUCGACGUAAACACAUUUUACAAUAUGUACUUGCAAGGGCAUCCAUCUUCUACUGUAUAUAAGCAAUGACAAGCUGGCGAAUCGCUGAAGCAACAAGACAUAUACAGACGAGAGAUCAGGCUCAGAGAUGAAUUAAUGUUUAGCAAUCUUAACAACACCAAGAAACGAGAGAACACAAUUCAAAUUGAAAAGCAAAGCUUAAUGAGGAAACAUUGACUGACAAAGAUAACAAAAGUUAAAAUUAAUAAUUAGAUUGAAUGAAUUGAAGUGAGAAGGAAUAAGGAAAUACAAAAAUUAAAAGCGCCGCCCAGCAUUAUCAUAUAAUGUCUGGCGGCGGCAACUGGCAAGACUUUCUGCAUACAUUUGAAAACGAACUAUUUUUUAACAAGCGUAAGUUUUAGGCAACUCCAAAUCAAUUAUCUGUCAGAAGUAAAAGUAAAAUACAAAAAUAUGUAGAGCUAAGUAAUUGCACACUCACACUCACACUCAAGCUAAUACUGAUAAGCUGAAAAAUCGCAAGUCAACACGAAACUCGGAUGGGCAGGUGCCUGUCCGCGAAAUGAAGCAACGAAUUAGAGAGUCAGGAAGAGGACACUGACGAGCGGAGACCACACAUCACAAACAGUAAACAGUAACUAAUAAUACAAUUGAAUAUUAUAAAUUUUAAUACCGUAAUGCAUACUUAAUAUUAACACGUACGAUGCAGAAAUCGAGACCGCGAGGAGAACUAGACAAACUAUGAAAUCAAUUAGCCAGCGCUCAAGUGCGAUUUAGCAGCGAACCUAAAUAACUCAACUAUGAAAUUCUAUUUAAAGUCCAGCUAUCCAAUAUCAAGUUCAGAUAGUCUCUUCCCACUUUCCUUUACUCAUCAUCUACAACUGCUACGCACAGAAGUAAUACGGAAGGAGAUCCAACAGCCGUACGCUAGGAUAAUAACAUAACCCAGAUAAUACAGAUACUAUAUCAGAAGCCGACUUGCAAACACUAACUAACUCCAUGCCUAUAAAGAGAAGAACAACGCCACACACACGUGUCAAAGUACGAUUAUAGGGAAAUCAAUGAAAAACAAACAAACAAACAAUGAAACUUGCCUUUCUUUAAUUCUAUAAUUUUGCAAAAUUUCGAGAUAACAACAACAAAUCGUGUUUGGUUGAACAAAAUUCUGUCGUUUAAGUUUCCGCUAUUGCAAGAUCUCAAGUAAAGCAAAAAAAAAGUUAAUUAAUAUAUAUAAAUGUAUAAAAACGAAAAGAAACAAAAACAAAACAAAAAACAAAAAAUAUAUAAAUUAGUUUUAAACUAACGAAAGAAUACUUCCAAUUUUGAACUCAAGUAUAAAGCAAAAUACAAACUGUUGGCAGUAGUUGAUGAAGGACGCGUGUGUUUUAAAACGUAUCUAUGAACAUUGUUCAGCAUAAGCCUAAAAACAAUAACGUUUUUUUAAAUUUAAAAGUACACAUACACAGACAUACACAAAAACACACACACACACCAAGCAGUUGCCUAAAGUAAUGAAAUUUAACGAUAAAAAAGAAAAACAUGAAUUAAACCUUGCGCAAAAUUUGCAAACCAGCAAAGAACUUUAAAUACAUAAUAUUAGCCACAAACAAUAAGAGAAUAUAUACAACAAAUUCUAAAUGACCAUAGUUAAGCUUAAAUUUAGUAACACUCAACACACACACACACACACACAAACAGAACACACAUAUAUACACAUAAUUAUAAAAGUAAAGUAAACUGUCGUUGUAGAGGAAGAGAAGUGUGCGCCAUUUUCUAACUACAAUAACAAAAAAGAGAAAGAACAUUACUAAAAUAUUUACCAAUUUUUUUGUAUUUUUGAUAAGUUUCCCCAUGAAUUUUUCCUUAAAUAUUUGACUUUUUCACGCAAUUGAAAGGGAGAAAUACUCUUAAACCUUUAUUCAUUUUAUAAUUUUUUUUUCUUUAAACACACACAAACACAACAAAUUAAUUAAUUUGAUAAGGAAGUGAAUUAUAACAAAUUCUUUAACGCCGCGUCUUUUUGCAUGCAAAAUUUUCGAUUUUUCGCCUUAGAAAUUUCCACGUUUGGUGACUUAAAACCUUUGAACCCAAUUCAAAAAUUGCAAAUAUAUAAAUAUAAUUAAUUUUAACGACUUGUUUAAUUCGAUAACUGUACUGAUUUUAUAUUGUUUUAAAUUUGUAAUUUAAUUUGUAAGUUUUAAUUGUUAAUGUGUUUUUUCUAUUGUAAACUAAAACUAAACUAAAUCUAUACACUAAUUGGCAAAUUGUUACACAAAAUCCGUUAAAGUUGUCCGAUUUCGUCGUCGAUACAAAAAAAAAAAUUGAGCAAUUGAAAUUAUUACAAAAUUAUGUGCCGUUAUAUUUCGAAAGCAUUUCUUUGGAAGCCCCAAAUAGUCCUGCAUCCUUGAAACCUAAGCCCCGAACCCAAACCUUAACCCCAACCCCCAGCCCCCCUAAUUGUGUUAAAUAUUGUAAUUUGUAAUUUUUGUUUUAAUUUUUUCGGGAAAGCAAAAACGUUUGGCAAAAUUAGUUUUUAAUUUGAAUAUUUAGUUUUGUUUGUGCGCUUAAGUUUUCAAUAGUGUGUUAUAUAUAUAUAUUAAACUAUGAAUAUUAAUUUUUAGCAAAAUAUUUUUACGACCUAACAUAAAGCACUAAUGUUAAAUACUUAACGAACUAAUUUGUUUAGCUGUUUAAUUGGUUUACAAUCUUUGUGUAUUUGUGAAGAGGAGCAGAGCAGAGCAAGGAGCGCAAGCAAAAUUUAUCUACGAUCUAACAACAAUAACUGUAUACGUGUGUAAAAUUCAAGGAACUCUCAAAUUUAACAAAAGCAAAGCAACACAACAAUGAAAACAAAAUAGAAAUAGAAAUAAAAAAAAAACCAAGUCGAAAAGUAUCAUGAAAGAAAAGUAAGCAAGGUGGACAACAAAAUUGCAACUUGCGCAUGGAAACUGAGCGAAAAAAAUGAAAAACUUUACAUGAAUUGUGAUGAUGCAAAGGCAAGAUUUAAUCAUAAUUACUAAAUCUAUAUAUACAAUAAAUAUAUAUAUCUUUCUCUAUAAAUAUAUAUAUUGAGUAUAUAAUGUAUAUGUAGGCGUAGGAGUGUAUAAUCUAACUUUACUUUUAAACAGACUGCGUACGUAUUAAAAAUUUUUAAAAUUAAUUUGUGUAAAAUGUUUUAAGUUUUUGAAAAAUUGGCAAAUAAAGAAAACAAUAAAAAUUAAUAAAUCAAAAACCACGAUCGCAUUGUAAAUUGAAAUAUACGAAAUAUUUCGACCUAUUCCAAAUUAUCUUUCCAAACCUUUUCAGCUAUCAAAAUCUUAUUUUGUGUAUAUUUCAAGACAAGAAUCGGCAAAAAACCAAGCGCAGCGCAACUGUUUAUAAAGAAAGAGAGGACAGUGGCAGUGACAGUGGAUGAAAGGAUCUGAAUCGCAUUGGAAUGCUUCCACGAUUGCUUAUUUUAAUUCAAUUAAAAAACAUGAUUUGUAUGAGGACAAUAUUCAAUGUUUCACGCAUACACACACGCGUUAGGCUUAGAUUCGCUUAGACCACUUUUUGCUUUAAUUUAAUUAAAUUUAUAGUUUGUGUGUGUUUUUCCUUUGCUCUUUUAUUACAUACAUAUAUAUAAUAAUUUGUUUUUAACGAUUGACCCCUUAAAAUCUUUUAUAAACUCUACCUAUUGAUAAACAUCACAACACAUUUGCAUACAUUCAUACCACACGUGAAUGGAAGGGAUUCGUGAACCGUGAACGUAACGUCGCCAAUUAUUACGAAAUAAAAACAACAAACAAAUGGAAAUUAAUAAUAAAAACAAUCAGAAUUCAUCGUAGAAGAAGGCCGAACGAAUGUGAGAGAUUGGGAGAACAACUUUUACGUCUUAAUAAACAAUUAUUGUUAACGAAGAAAAUAAAACGUGAGAAAAGUGAAGAAGCAUAUUGUACUAAAAUAUUUGAUAUACAUACAUUUGUUAUUAUUUGUAAUACGAAAAUUAAAUAAAAUUGCAUCCAGAUAAUAAAAAAUGAAAUAAAUAAAG